CCGAAACGAUCCGCGCUCUACUGCACCACCUCUCCAUCGUCGAACGCCCCUCGCCCGUAGCAAUGCAACGUUUCCUUUCCAUCCUAGACGACAUGAAGACGGCGCAUAUACAUAUCAUCCGCUCAGAGUGGACAUCGGCCAUCCACUUCGCCGGCCGCGCCAUGGGCAAUGUUUCCGCAGACAACCUUCAAUCCGCCCUGUAUAUCUGGCGAGAUAUGGAGCAUCGAGCUGGCAUCAAAGGCGGCUUCGUGACGUUGAACGUGCUCUUUAACGUGGCGGUCCAAGCAGGGAAGUACACCUUGGCAGAAACACUUAUGAAGGAGAUGCAAGCGCGCAAGCUGGAGCUGCAUCGCUACUUCCGUGUCUCGCUUAUCUACUACUACGGCGUUCUACAGAAUGGGGAUGCGGUCAGGAAAACAUACCAGGAGCUUGUCACAGCUGGCGAAAUCGUCGACACGGUUGUCAUGAAUGCCGUCAUCGCCUCCCUAAUCCGCGCUGGUGAGCCUGAGGCCGCAGAACAUGUCUUUGAGCGCAUGAAGCGCCUGAACGCUGAAAGGGCAGCUCCCGCGCCUGGUCACAGAUUCUUUAUGCGUCAUUGGCGGGAUAGAAGACUCUUAGCUCAACACCUGACGUAUGAAGCUCGCCGACUUAACAAAUUGGGAGACGAAGAGGAACUCAAAAAACUCCAAGACUUUGCUCCUAUUGCACCAGACUCGAGAACGUAUGCAUUGCUCAUCCGGCAUCAGGCGACUACGGCAGGAAACAUCGAUCGCGUAGACGAGCUACUCCGAGAAAUGCGCUACAACUCCAUUCCCCUCGAAGGUACAAUAUUUAUCGUCAUCUUCCACGGUUUCAACUCGUUCGGUGGCGUACGGUACACCUCUUGGACUCCCGACAAGCUUGAGAAGAUAUGGACGCAAUACCUGAAAGCCCUCAAUAACAAACUGGAACGCACAUGGCUCUCUAGUUUGUCUAUUAUCGCGGCACUCAAAGCAUUCAGCAGAUGUACAGAUGCGGAGCGCACACUAAAAGCUUGGCAAGAGAUCAGGAAGCUGUGGCAACCAAAUGAGGAGGAAUUAG